AGUCAGGCGGCGGAGCUACUCGCUUCCAUCAGGUUAGGUUGAGCUUCUCCCUCAGCCUGCAAAAAAAAAUUGAUUUUUUUUUCCGGGGGCCUUGCGGCGAACAAAUUUAGAGGAAGAAGGGCUUCACGUUGAGCGUGGGUUUUAUUUUUGAAUGGUGGAGAGCGUGUGGCGAUUUUUCGGUCUGGGUGCAUUCUGUGUGCCCGAAGGUGGUGAUUGUGAGAUGAGGAGAGGGCAGCCAUGCACUCGAAGCCCACACUGCCUCUGGUUGCUAACGGCGGCCCUGGUGACGGCGCGCUCCUGCCUCGGCGCCAGCGCCCAGGCUGACAAGGUGGUCUGGGCGAUCAAUGCCGGAGGGGAGGCUCACACCGACGUCCACGGCAUCCACUUCAAGAGAGACCCGCUGGAAGGCAAAAUAGGCAGGGCAUCGGACUAUGGAAUGAGAUUACCUAUUUUUCGAUCAAUGCCUGAAGAUCAAGUUCUGUACCAAACUGAACGCUACAAUGAAGAAACAUUUGGAUAUGAUAUUCCAAUUAAAGAAGAAGGCGAUUAUGUAUUGGUUCUGAAGUUUGCCGAAGUUUAUUUUGCUCAAUCUCAACAGAAGGUCUUUGAUGUGAGAUUAAAUGGGCAGCAUGUGGUAGUGAAAGAUCUGGAUAUAUUUGAUAAAGUGGGACACAGCACGGCACACGAUGAACUGGUGUCCUUCUCUGUCAGGAAAGGAAAACUCAGCGUUCAAGGAGAAGUCUCUACAUUUAAUGGAAAACUGCUGGUAGAAUUUGUGAAAGGUUACUAUGACAACCCUAAAAUCUGUGCAAUAUGCAUCAUAAAGGGAACAGUGGAGGAUGUUCCCAAACUGCUGCCUCAUCCUGGUUUGGAAAAAAAGGAGGAAGAGGAAGAGGAGGAAGAUUAUGAGGAGGGUAUUGAGAAGAAGACGAUAAGCAAAAAGAAGGUGAAGUCAGGACCUCGAACUCCUGAUCCAUAUGCCUCUGACAACAGCAGCCUAAUGUUUCCAAUCUUAGUUGCCUUUGGGGUCUUCAUUCCCACCUUGUUUUGUCUAUGUCGAUUAUGAGAGAUAACCUUAGCAUGUACAGUGGUGCGUGUGGGUGAGGAGCUAUGUAACAGCAUGGGGCAGUCUGUUUAAAAUGGUAUGUUUCUGUUCCCUCUAUUUUCAGAAUUGAGGGGGGAAAGGAAGAGAAAUGGUUUGCAUUGACUUUUGAAGGUUUUGAAUUGCAAUAAUUUUUGUUUUCAUUAAGGAUUUUUUUUUAAGCGUCCUCCAGUAAUUCUGAAGUGUAAAAUUGAAACCUCCCCUCCCCGCCCCCCCCCCAAAAAAAAUUGAAUGCUUUAAGCCAGUGAUUUUUUUUUUGCUGUGAUAAAGGUUAUGGGUUAAUGGAUAUUCAGGCUGGGAAACAAUGUGCCUCAAUGUGAAGACUGUACACCUAAUAUUUGCCGUUAGUGUUUAAGGAAACCCACAAUUCUACUGGUAAAACUUGAAUGGAGAAUUUUAAAUGAGAAAGGUACUGUAGGCAAAUUAAUGGUGAUCCAAUUGUAUAAGUUCCAUCCCCUCCUUUGCAGUAGCAUGUCUACACUUGGACAUAAGUGUGAGAAUUUUUUUUCUCUUGAAUAAUGAGCUGUCCAUGAUCAGAUUCAAGCUGGUUAGAGAAUGGCUGUUUAGUAAUAAAUUGGGUGAGUAUGAAAUUUUCAGUGUGAAAAGGCAGUAUUUGUUUCACCAGCACCUUCAGGUUUCACCUUGUGGCUUGGUACAAUGCUCAAAUGUUUUCACAAUAAUUUAAAAGUAUUCUUUUUGUUGGCCAACUUCACUGGAUUACAAAAGAGAAUUUCCUUAAAACUGCUAUAAUAAAAGCAAAAGUAAUAUGUAAUGGUUUAUCCAUAAUCUGAAAAGAAAAAAUGGUUUAUGCCGAAUUAUCUCAUCAAUCAGAAACAGCAAUUCGUCCCCAAACCUUUUUUAAGGUUUAAAUGGAUUUGCUGUGUACUUCUAGCUUUUUUUUUCUAUUUUCUGGCAUUAGCGGUUUAUAAAACAUCCUCUUUCUAUUUUCUGUUCCCAUUUGAUGGUUCCUCAAUGAAAGGUAUUUGAAAUGGACAGUAUUAUAGAAGCAAUAAAAUUUGAAAUCCCUGCACACAUUAAUACAUCUUUUCACAAGGCCCUACUGAGUGACCACAUAUGAAUUGUAUGGCAGUGCUUACCUAAAGCUCGCAAAAGAGGUACAACUGUCAGAGCAAAGGGGGAAGUACGUAGAGUAGUUACUUGACCCCAUAAAAAGUGCCAUUAACUUUUCUGUAACACCAUGCCCUGGAGUCUGUUUAAUCUGUUAAUCCCUUUGUGUUUAAUACAAACUUUAGAAGAAAGGGUGUGGUGCUUGCUGAGUGUAAAAUGUAGUGUCUUUCUGAAAAGGGCAGCUGGAGAGGGAUUCUUACUGAAAUGAUCAUGGCAGCAAGGGACAGCAUUCAUGAUCUGGGAGAAAGUUUACGUGACAUCAUGAUAGUAGAAUUGCGUAACUGUAUUUCUCUUCCCCAACAUUGCCCUCUCUUUCUUCCAACCCCCCCCCCCCCCCCCCAACUUAAACCAAGCAUUCUUAGUUGUUUUUAACCACUGUGACACCUAGCAUUCUACCAACAUAAUGGGCUACUGCACAGCAUAAUCAUACAUCUGUGGCCCAUUGAUCAUUGUUCCCACUCACUUUCAACAAAUUAAUUGCAGAGGUUCCUGUGUAGAAUGCUGUUGAACCUGAAAUUUGAAGCCUGUUCCCUCUCCAACAACUUGAGAGGGAGGGAAAUUUGAUGAGCUGUUUUUAGCUCUUCAAGAAGUUGCGAUUAUAUUUUGGGUAGGGCAGUGAAUAAGAGACAUGGCAGAUAUUUGAUAUUACUGUUUUAAAAUUAGUUGCUGUGGUACCUGCAGAGCAAAGGCACAGUACUCAAAAGUAAAUCAUAGAAGUGAAACAUUUCUAAUUUGGUUCAAGUCAUUUUAUAUAAGUAAUUGUAUUAUCUUUAUAAAGUCCCACAAACAGAUACUUCCAAAAAGCUGCUUUUGGAUUUUGGAAAAUAAAUGUACAACUUGAAAGAGAACCAUUUAAUAAUCCAAGUGUGGUAUUGAAUGAAAGGAGCAACCCUGUACAAUUUAGUCAUUGCCAGUUUUAAUGAUUUAUACUAUGGAAAUAAAAUACUAUAUUUCCCUUAAAUUAUUUUGAGCAUCAUGCAUAACUUGAAUCUGCAUAUUCACAAGGAGGCUUUAACUAUUUCUUUUCCAUGGAGGGAAAAGUGAAGAGGGAAUAGCUUUUUUUUUCCCCAAAAGUGCUUGAAGUUUAGUGUUACUCAUUCCAAAGAGAAAACUGCUGUUUAACUUUGGAAAUUCAAUAGAUUAAUUUUGUUUUUGGCUAACCUGAAUCCUAGAAGGUGUAGGUAGAGUUUGUGCUUUAAUGGUGUAAUCUUGAUUUGUGUGUGUAUAUAAAAAUCAUUUCAAUUUGUAGCUUGGCUUUUGUUUGGAGCUCUCAGGAACUUGGGUUGAGGGUAUAUUUGUAUUAAUUUGCACUCUGGUGGUUUUAAUCAGCAGUAUAUAAUGAAAAGGGAGAUAAAAGUUAUUUUUAUGUCACAUAUAUUCAGAUGAGUGAAAGACUACAUUUUAGGUCCCUGUCAACCCAGGGUUUUCUGCCUUUUGGGUAGAAAUAUUUGUGUGCUGUGCACCAACUACAAUGUGCUUAAUUUCUUUCUGGAACUUUCUUCCUUUUUAUUUUUUUGAUAGAAGUGUGUUUGUGCCAAUGCAGCAGUGACAAUACUGCCAAUAUCACCAGACAGACUUACCCAUUAUCGUAAACUGUAGUGGUGGGACUAGAGAACAAAACUUGUUUAUAGGAGCAGGGGAACUGUCAGCUUCAUCCAUCCUUCAGUUCACCUUGAUCAACUUAAAAUAAUUUGAAUAGAUUAGUCAUUAAACCUAAUUUUAAGAUUAUUCUGGUAUGACAAUUAAUUUAAUGGUUACCAUGAAUUGAAUAAUGAAGAAACUGUUAAUAGUUUGCGCAUCCAAGGAAUAAUUAUUUUAUUCCUAAAAACAGUAAUUCUGUUGCACAAAAAAAUCCUUGAAGUUACUGCUUUUCUCCAAAUUUUCUUUGGCAAUUUUCAUUGCUUUCCAGUUUAUUUAAUAGUGUUAAGCUUGGCCUUCAUCACCGUCUGCCUUUCACCUUGCCCUGGCUCGAACUGUAAGUUCUGAGUGGGAAGUGGGUAGGUGGUCAUUGCAAAGACAAAGUUCCCAGGCUGACCAGUAAGCCCAUUUCCCUUUCUGGGGGGAAAAAAAGAAAAUCAGAACUGAGAUCCACAAACUUUUGCAUUUAGUGGUGUCUGUUAAUGGUCUAUACAAUUAUUGCAUAGAAAACAUUGUAUUGAGCCCACCUGUUUAGAGCAACUAUUACUGAAUGUCUGGAAAUCUCUACAUUCACCAAAUAGCAACAAAUUCUGCUCUGUUGCCAUUACAUUUUCUGCAAUUUGGAAAUAAAAUUUUAUUGAAACAUG